CCGAGAGUGCAUUUUUGUAUACAGUAAUUUUUAUAGGCUUCUUUUUAACAGUGUAAAUACUACACCACAUGCGGCCUAUCUUGAACACCACAUGUGUACUGGUAUCCAAGGUGGCUUUGGAUUAAGUUGGAGUGUCAUUGACAGGUCAUUUUUUUAGAAAACCUGCACAUUUUAUUAAAACCGUCUUUCGCUCUUGUGCUGAGGAAUAUUUGAGGAUGUAUCCACCUGAAGAUCUUUCACCAACUGUAGUUCAUCAGUGAAUCUGCUGUUCUUGACUAGAAGAAAGGAAAACCAUCAAAGUGUCUUCCACUGUUGAGAUUCUGAAUCUCUCUCUUUCUCUCCAAAACAAAAAUCUCAUUUCCACUCAAGAGACGAUGUCUUACCUAAUUGUAACAUGCCGCUCUUUGCUGUGGAUGCUGGUGAGCAUCGGCAUCGUAGCGAUGCACGUAUUUGCUCUCAUCACACCAGAAUGGCUUCACAGACAAGACAAAUCCUUCCUCAGCGCCCUGGUAUCGUCGACACCCAGCACCACAACACUAAACGUCACACAGUCCAAUGGACCCGAUUCAAUUAUAUUCCGGCAGAGCUCAGCACUCGGACUAUUAACACGCUGCUCUGAGACUUACUCCGUAAACCCCGCCAUCGUGCUGGCAGCGGAUGGUGUUGCCAACAUCACAGAAGACUGUGAGUGGAUCAGAAACUUUUCGGAGCUGCCUAUCUGGCUGUGGAAGGUGACGGUUGUCUUCUACUGUCUUGGGGUUGUCAUCCUGGCUUUGGUUGGUGUCAUAGCGGUGUUCAGCUUGUGCUUUAAGAGUAUCUGCAGGAAGAGCCUCUUCACGGUGUGUGGACUUGUACAAGCAAUAGCAGGUCUGAUUAUCCUCCUAGGCCUAGUGAUGUACCCAGCAGGCUGGGGUUCGGACGCAGUGGUGGAGCUCUGCGGGUCAGACGCUGCACCCUUCCAGUUUGGCAGCUGCUCCCUCGGAUGGUCGUUCUUCGUGGCCGCCGCAGCCACCGUCCUCACGUUUGCGUGUGCGGUGCUCUCCGUCCAAGCGGAGAUUGCCACCGCCAGUGAUGACGUACAGGACGAGAUACUGAAGGGAAAGUAUGUCAUCUGCCUCCCUUGAUGACUGCAAGGAGAA